AGAUCUUGCAAACUUAUGUAACCAAGAUGGCGGCCGUCUCCGUGGUCUAUGCAAGAAACAUAACUACCAAAGCCCUGCAAUUACGGCCGGCAGUAGCUAUUACCAAGAUUCCUGUGCGAGAUGCAACAUCUGCAAGUGAAAAUCCUCGUAACAAAACAUUCUCUGUGUACCGCUGGGAUCCAGAUAAGCCUGGUGAUAAGCCCAGAAUGCAAGAAUAUCAAGUUGAUCUGAACAAAUGUGGUCCAAUGGUUCUUGAUGCAUUAAUCAAGAUAAAAAAUGAAAUAGAUCCAACUCUGACCUUUAGACGCUCUUGCAGGGAAGGAAUUUGUGGCUCAUGUGCCAUGAACAUUGGAGGGAUAAAUACUUUGGCCUGUAUAAGUCGAAUCAAUCCAGAUGUUGGAAAGAAAGCAAAGAUAUACCCACUACCACACAUGUAUGUGGUGAAGGACCUUGUUCCAGAUAUGAAUAAUUUCUAUGAGCAGUAUAAGUCAAUUGAACCUUACCUAAAGAAGAAGACAGAGGUUGAAUAUGGAAAGGAACAAUACUUACAGUCCAUUGAGGACAGGAAGAAGUUGGAUGGGUUGUACGAGUGUAUCCUGUGUGCAUGUUGUAGCACUGCCUGCCCUAGUUACUGGUGGAAUGGAGACAAGUAUCUAGGACCAGCUGUUCUAAUGCAGGCCUACCGCUGGAUGAUUGACUCACGGGAUGACUACACUGAAGAAAGGUUGGCCAAACUGGAUUCUGAUCCAUUCAAAGUGUACAGGUGUCACACCAUUAUGAACUGCACAAAGACUUGUCCCAAGGUAGGUCACUCGUAUCCACCUCUAGAAUGCAAUGUACAAAUUGCAUUCAGGNAUUUAAGGCAAAUACUAUGCUUCAGAGGUGAAAACAGCGUGUGA